AUGUCAGGCAAUAAAGAAAUAAAGAUUGAGAGAUGGAAUGAAGAAGUAGAUGGAGAAAUGAAUGACAGAAAUAUGCAAAAGAAAUUAAAAUUACAAGGAUACAAUUUUAUAAAAUAUACAUUUUCGCCUGGAACUGAUUUUCCUGAUCAUACCCACAGUAUGUCGAAAAAAGACUCAAUAAUCAGUGGAGAGUUUGAGUUUACAAUGUAUGGACAAACAAAAGUACUGAAACCUGGUGAUAUGGUAGAUGUACCAGCUAAUACUGUUCAUAAUGCACGAGUUAUUGGCUCGAAAUCUGUUACAUUCUUUGAUGCAACAAAAUAA